CCAGUCCCUCUCCCCACUCUCUUCUUCUCUUUUUCUCCAUCCCAAAUAAAUUUUAUUAUUAAUUAAUAAUCUUUAUAAUGAUCGGAAGCGCCAUUAAGAUAACUCUAUAAAGUAACCAGGAAACGGGCUUCUUCUACCAGAAGUCACCGCGGGAUCCCAGGAAGAACGGGAUUUGGAUCUUUCUUCUGGAUCCGUAGCGCGGCGCCGAUCGCCGACCGCCGGCUGUCGAUUCGGUCGGUAGUUUUGGGUUUUCUUGUUUGGUUAUUCUUUGAGUUCUGUGGGAAUGGAUAGCUCGCAGAGGAGAGGUGGGAUGAUCCCAUUGUCCCCCUCUCAAACGCCGAGGUCAAGUGAAAAGUUGGGAAGGGAUUUCCGAUCCGUCGAUGGAAAUGGGAAUUCCAACAGCAAGUGUGAUAAGGACAAGGGGGUCAAUGUUCAAGUCAUUCUCCGAUGCAGACCUUUGAGCGAUGAUGAGAUGAGGGUGAACACGCCGGUGGUGAUAUCUUGCAAUGAACAUCGACGAGAAGUGACUGCUGUUCAGAAUAUUGCCAACAAGCAGAUUGAUAAAACCUUUGUCUUUGACAAGGUCUUUGGCCCAUCAUCCAAGCAAAAGGAUUUAUUUCAUCAAGCUAUCUCUCCCAUAGUAAAUGAGGUUCUUGAGGGUUAUAACUGCACCAUUUUUGCCUAUGGUCAGACGGGCACUGGGAAAACUUACACAAUGGAAGGAGGAGGAAGAAAGACUAAGAAUGAAGAAUUUUCAAGUGAUGCUGGAGUUAUUCCAAGGGCCGUCCGACAAAUCUUUGGCAUACUCGAGGCGCAGUGUGCCGAGUACAGUAUGAAAGUCACAUUUCUUGAAUUGUACAAUGAGGAAAUCACAGAUCUUUUGGCUCCGGAUGAGUCAAAAUUUUCAGAGGACAAGUCCAAAAAGCCUAUAGCUCUCAUGGAAGAUGGGAAGGGGGGUGUUUUUGUGAGAGGACUGGAAGAGGAGAUCGUCUAUACUGCUGGUGAAAUUUACAAAAUCUUGGAUAAAGGGUCUGCAAAACGGCGUACUGCAGAGACUUUACUUAACAAGCAGAGCAGCCGAUCUCAUUCCAUAUUUUCUAUCACAAUUCACAUCAAGGAGUGUACUCCUGAGGGAGAAGAGAUGAUCAAAUGUGGAAAGCUUAAUCUUGUGGAUCUUGCUGGGUCAGAAAACAUUUCACGAUCAGGUGCUAGAGAGGGAAGAGCAAGGGAAGCUGGAGAGAUCAAUAAAAGUUUGCUUACUCUUGGUCGUGUUAUUAAUUCUCUUGUUGAACACUCUGGCCAUGUUCCAUACAGAGAUAGCAAGUUGACAAGAUUGCUUAGGGAUUCCUUGGGAGGGAAAACAAAGACUUGCAUUAUUGCCACCAUAACACCAUCCAUCCACUGUCUGGAAGAGACACUGAGCACCUUAGACUAUGCACACCGUGCGAAAAAUAUCAAGAAUAAGCCUGAGGUCAAUCAGAAGAUGUUAAAGUCUGCAAUGAUCAAGGAUUUAUACUCUGAAAUUGACCGCCUUAAACAAGAGGUAUAUGCUGCAAGGGAGAAGAAUGGGAUAUACAUUCCACGGGAUCGCUACCUUCAUGAAGAAGCUGAGAAGAAGGCGAUGACAGAGAAAAUGGAGCGCCUGGAACUUGAGUUGGACUCAAAGGAUAAGCAAUUAAUUGGUCUCCAAGACCUUUACAAUUCUCAACAACUAUUGAGUGCAGAAUUAAGUGACAAACUUGAGAAGAGCCAGAAAAGGCUGGAGGACACUGAACAUGCAUUACUGGACCUGGAAGAAAGAUAUAGGCAGGCAAACACCACAAUAAAAGAAAAAGAAUAUUUGAUAUCUAAUCUUCUCAAAUCAGAGAGAGAACUUGUAGAGCGUGCGUACGAGCUUCGUUCAGAACUAGAGAAUGCAGCUGCAGAUGUUUCUGGCUUGUUUUCUAAGAUUGAACGUAAAGAUAUGAUAGAGGAUGGAAACAGAAUUCUUGUGCAGAAUUUCCUAUCUCAAAUAACUCAGCAGCUCGAUAUCUUGCAUAAAACCGUAUCAGCUUCUGUGAUGCAGCAGGAGAACCAACUAAAAGAAAUGGGAGAAGAUAUGCAAUCAUUUGUUUCCACAAAGACCGAGGCCACUGAAGGACUUAGAACUCAGGUUGAAAAAUUAAAAUUCAUGUAUCGAUCUGGAAUCAGAGCAUUAAAUGAUCUGGCAGGAGAACUUGACAAGAAUUCUCAGUCAACCUUUGGAAAAUUAAACUCACAAGUACUGGUUCACUCUUCUGCUAUUGAAGAUUGUUUCAAGGGAAUUGCGUUGGAGGCUGAUCGGUUGCUUAAUGAACUUCAGAGCAGUCUUUCUAUACAAGAGGAUAAAUUAGCUGCAUUUGCACAGCAGCAGCGUGAGGGACAUCUCAGAGCUGUGGAAUCUACACGUUCUAUUUCAGUUAUUACUUCUAAUUUCUUCUGCACUCUGAAUGUUCAUUCAUCAAAGUUGAGUAGGAUUCUGGAGGAAACACAAACUGUCCAAGACCACCAGCUUCGUGAGCUUGAGAAAAAGUUUGAGGAAUGUGCUGCUAAUGAAGAGAAGCAACUGCUAGAAAAGGUGGCAGAAAUGCUAGCAAGUUCAAGUGCCAGGAAGAAAAAGCUGGUUCAAACAGCAGUUGAUAAUCUCCGGGCAAGUGCUGCUGAUAGAACCAGUAAUCUGCAGAAGGAAAUGUCAACUGCUCGUGAUUUCACCUCUUCAGUUAAAGAACAAUGGAAUGUUUACAUGGAAGAAACUGAAAACCACUAUGUUGAGGAUACUGCUGCAGUUGAAAGUGGUAGAUGUUGCUUGCAAGAAGGUUUUCAACAAUGCAUGGAGAAUGCGAAAAUGGGUUCACAACAGUGGAAAAUUGCUCAAAAUUCACUGCUAAGCCUUGGAAAAGUAAAUGUAGCAUCAGUAGAUUCAAUUGUCCGGAGCGGAAUGGAAGCCAAUCAGCUCUUACGUGCCAAGUUGUCCUCUGCUGCCUCAACUACUCUUGAAGAUGCCGAUAUUGCAAAUAAGAGUCUGCUUUCCUCCAUUGACUGUUCUUUAAAACUCGACCAUGAUGCAUGUGCAAACAUUGAUUCUAUGCUCAUUCCUUGCCGUGGGGAGCUUAGGGAUUUGAGAAGUGGACACUAUCACAGGAUUGUUGAGAUCACAGAGAAUGCAGGCAAGUGUCUAGAAGAAGAAUAUGCGGUGGAUGAACCAUCAUGUUCGACGCCAAGGAGACGAUCAAUUAAUCUGCCUAGCAUGGCAUCCAUUGAGGAGCUGAGAACUCCAGAUUUUGAAGAGCUUCUGAAGUCAUUCUGGGAGGCCAGGUCUGCUUCCAAGCAGGCAAAUGGGGAUGUAAAACAUUAUUCUGGGGCAUAUCAGUCUCAACCACAAGCCUUGAGAGACGCAAGAGUUCCUCUCACUGCAAUAAAUUAAGAGUAUGCUAGUUCCACUUGAUGUGAUACUAGUGCCAGAUGUUAAAGCAUGUACAGAAGUUAAACUUUCUAGUCUUUAGGUGUACGUAAGCAUUUUUAUUUCAUUGAUUAUCCUAUUUGUUGAGGGAUUUGUGCUCCCAGACUGAAUUGUUUGUAAAAAUCAGGAAAGAAGAUCUGUUGCAUGAUUACAUACAUGUAAUGUAUCUAUCCCUCCACAGAUCCAGUUUGAGUUGUUCUUUUUAUUUUUUA